UCGCGAUCCUCUCCUCCACACCCUUCCUGCCCCUGUCAGCAGGAAGGAAGCAGCUACCACAGGGGAAUGAUGACCUGAACCACCGGCUCCAACCAUGGGCAGUCAGUGCUGUAAACCUAGCCCAGAAGAAAAGACACCAAAAUUUGAGAAACUGAAGGCAGAAAAGAUCAAGGGAGAUGUGGCACCACCCCCGCCAAAGCCAAAGCCGCUGCCCCCUAAUGCUGUCAUGAUGAGCACCAAGAUCCAGGCCUGGUGGCGCGGCACGCUGCUCCGCCGCACCCUCCUGCACGCGGCGCUCCAAGCCUGGGUCAUUCAGUGCUGGUGGCGGCAGACACAGGCGAAGCAGAUGCAGAAACAGCGGCAGGAGCUGCUGGAUUUCUAUUUGUGUGAAGUCCGGGCGGCCGUUAGGCUACAGAGCUGGUACCGCAUGUGCCGCGCCCGAAGGCGAUACUGCACUUUGCUCAGCGCGGCCCACAUCAUCCAAAGCUUCUGGCGUCUUCGUAAGAGCCACACCCGCUACUUGCUCAAUGGCAUCUACGAGAUCACAUCAGGCCAGCUCAGACUGCAGAUGGACGUGCUUUUUGGACCCCAAAUUUGCCGGAUUACAGACUGCAUCCCCUUCCCAAUAAAGAACUGACCAGG